UUGGUGAUAGGUGGAUGCUUGGGCUGGAUGACCUUGUAGGUCUUUUCCAACCUUGGUAAUUCUAUGAUUCAAGCUAAUUGCUGCGCAAUGCCCUUUUUCUCACCAUGAAGCUUGUAAUAUUUUUUAUUACCACGGGGUGGGGGUGAAGAUCUUAGUGAGAACCAUUCACUGCUCAGUUGUGCUCCGGCUUUUUUUUAAAAAUGUUCAAUGGACAGACCAGGUUUGUCAGCUGUUUGCAGUGUGGGAACCACCUCGGACACAAGGUUUUCAAUCACUUGCAGCAACCAGGGUGAAUUGAGGCCACUUCUUAUAUCAUUAACUCCUUUUACUAAUGGUUUUCACCCUUCACUGUUCAUGAUCAGCGUUUGUGGAGCUGAAGAUACACUGAGUUGCUUUCCUACUGGUCCUCAGAGAGCAGCAAUUUCAGUAAUGUCAAGAAGACACACUGAAGCAUCAAGUUAUGGCUUCUUCAAAUUUGGCUCAUAAAUUCAGGGGUGCUGUAAUUAUGAGCAAUCCUUCAAACAGCAAUGGAGAGCUUGCUAGCUACAAGUGAAAAGCUCUUUGCCAUUCAAUUUCUUUACUUAACUCAGCCUUGUUACUUCUUUUCCAUAAUUACCUAACAUUGGUAAUGUCACAUUCACAGUUUUAAUUUUGUUUUAAUUUCUAUACUCUUUUUGUCCCUACUUCCAUCUGCUAACCGACCUUCAUAAGUUUCCUUCACUAAAAUAAUGGUAUGAGACCCGUCUUCUGUCCUACAAACUUAAAUAACACAUUUGUAUAAUGGAACAGGCAUAUCAAAGCUUUAUUGAUUCAUUUUAAUAAUUUUAUUUCACAUAACCAUGGCAAAAGCUGAAGUACAGAACACUUGAGCUUACUAUUGGAAUUAACAGAGAGAUUCCAGUUUAGCUCUGUUUUAAUUAUUGAACAGCUCUCAAAAUGAAACCACUGACCUUUGAGAAUUCAGUGACCAAACAAGUGCUUAUCCUCAAGGCACAUAUUUGGAGCCUUUAUUCCCUUACAGGAAGCUUUUAUGUAAUACUGAAAGAUGCCUAUGAACAUUGCAAGUACAAAGUGAAUGAGGUAAGACCAAAGAUAUGAUAUAUACACUGAUGAUGAUGAUGAUGAUAUUGCUGUUGUGUGGUGAGAAGUGCAUGUAAGGGGAUGAAAUGCUGAGGCACAAAACAUUAUCUUGAACAACUGGGAAUGGAAUUUUCUGUGGGAGGACAAGGACUGUCAGACUAACCCAUGGGGUAAUUCACAUGUUAACAGCAUCCCAUACAGCACUUCUUCCUUUCACUCUCCUGUAGACUUCUUUGACUAAGGCAGAAAACAUUUACAUAGUUCAGAAAUAGCAAAAGUUUGACAUGUUUUCAACUCUCUAUGGUACAAACCAGCAGCAGAUGAAGAGAGAUUUUGCUGGUGGGUGACCAAAUACCUCUCUGGUAUUUUGCUGCUGGCAAAGGCACCACCAACAACAUUUAAAUAACUGCUGCAAAAUUGGGAAUAUUUUGGAAAACAGGAGGAAAUAUUAAAGGAUGUGUCCCAAAUGUAGGGCUAUCCUACCCUAUAAAGUGAAUGAAUGUUUAAAUUGAAUAUUCCUACCAAGGUGCAAUUGUUGUUAAUGAGAAUAUACUGGUGUCUCUCCCUUACAUGGUACCUGCAUCACUUGAAAUGACACAGUCCUAGUUAGUGUUUCAAAAGGAAACUGAUCUUAGCAUUAAAUUCUUAUUCAUGAAAGAACUAAUUUAGAAGUCAAUUACAUAAAAUGUACUUAUUCUGACUACCAUUAACCUCCAUAGGCUGAGCUUCUGUGCAUUAGUUAUUUAAGGAUAAUAGCAUCAAAUAAAAUAGAUUCCAAUUUUGUUGCUAUUUCAUUUUUGUCCCUCUUUUUAACCUCUUCCCACUUAUUACUCUUAUAAAGAGUAAUUGGCAAGUCCAAUUCCUGUUCAGUGGACCUCUCCUCAAAGCCAUAAAACAGCAAGGGUUCUCUAAUGAAAGUGUAAAGAUAAGCUGGGUUUUAUGAAGCACAGUUAAAUGAGAGGGGGAGAACUAGACUAAAGAUCUGCUUUUGCAAAAAAAUUCUUAUUUGAUUCCUCACAUCUUUGUCCUCAUCUCACUCUGCUUCAGCUCUGACCCUUUGUGAGGUCAUUCAACUUAUUAACCCAGAAAAAGACUAACUGUGAUAAAAGAGAAAAAACAACAACAGCAACAAAUGCUGUUGUUUUGUGCCAAGUUAAGGGAUUGAAUCACCUUAGCUCACCUCCUGCAGGCACCACAGCCAGCUCGUGGGAGACAAGAGGUACAAACUUGUAGCCAUGAGCAAGCAUGAAGAGAUGUAGAUGGGGAAGACCUGUUUCUUCUCAGUUGCAAGCUGCCUGACUGGCUCAGUUAUUCCCUUAAGAAGCUGUUAGAUAAAUACUGGGUUAUUAAUGGCCAACACUACCUGAUCUGGAGCCCUGAGAGAAGAGAUAUGUUGACUUCAAAUGCGUAGGGUGCUGUUUUUAUCAAGUCUUUCAGAAAGGAAGGAGUGAGCUUGAAGCUGUAGACAGGCUUCUGUCAGGCAGCAGCAGCCAUGAAGCAGCUCCUAUGUGAGUGCUGCUCUGGCUAGGGGAAUGUAGAAAUUAUGACAAAGAGUGCCUGUGUGUUAUAUAUAAGCUGAACAACAGCUUAAAGGAACAGGAUGUCGUAUGAAUCCUUGUUUAUGAGUGUAGGGUCAUUAUUCUUACUUGAAUCAAGCCCCCAGGGCUUGAAAUCUUGUCUGUGCCCUUGGCCUUAGGACAGCGACAAGAGCACACUUCCUUGUGGAGUUGCCAGACAUUGGAGUUUUGAGUUGUUGGUCAGAGUAAGUCAAAUCACUGAAAGUGUGAUGAUCAAUUCUGCUUUUUUAUUAUGAUCUUGAAAUACAGUUCAACCAUAUUCACAAAGUCUGUGCUUUGUCAAUACUCUGAUGGUUUAAACAGAUCAGUGGGAAACUCAGUGGGAGAUACUGAGCUGUUGGUUGCUGGCUAGAUCCUCAGGACAUGAGGGGUAGCCCUCAGCUUCCCCAGAGCUUUGAUGAUUUUCAGCUGCUUACCAUCUACCUGCAUCAGUAUCUCUGUGGACUGUCCUUGCAGAGUUACUUCCACUGGUCACACUGUAUAAGAAAAUAUGAGACAGAACCUAUACGACAAAGGUAUGUCUGAUAUUCCCAUUAAAUUAUUAUUGGAAAUAAAGCCUGGUAGUGUCAAGGAUGGUAUUUACUGCUAUAUAGAGACCUGUAAAUAAAACAAAACAAAACAAUAGAUAUGUUGAAAGCCCAUUUCUUUUUUUUUUUCCUCCCUCCCCAACACUGUUUUUGGCCUCACAAGCUAAAUAUGAGGAAAAAACCAAUCAGACAGACUUAAGCAAAUGUACUUUUCCUUUCUUACAUCUUUCAGCCAAGAUCCUUUAGCCUUUCUAAAGAAUGAAAAGCUGGAUUAUACUGCUGGCUAUUGCAGUCAGCACAGAAGAAGCACAAAAGCAGGAUGUCUGUACCCAAGCAUAUCCUGGCAUUCCUGGCAAUCCUGGGCACAAUGGCAUACCUGGUCGUGAUGGACGUGAUGGCUCAAAAGGCGACAAGGGAGACACAGGUGAAGCAGGACUUCCUGGCACUCCAGGGAAAGAUGGUGCAAAUGGAGAAAAAGGACAAAAAGGAGCCAAUGGGACUGUUGAAGAGAAGGGGAACAAAGGAGAUAAAGGAGAAAGAGGACGACCUGGGAAACUAGGACCAAAAGGAAUUAUAGGGUCAGUGGGUUACAAAGGUCAGAAGGGAGAGCUGGGACUGCAAGGACAAAAAGGGUUAAAAGGAGACAUUGGGCCCAUAGGUCCAAAAGGGGCAAAGGGUGAAAUUGGCCAUCCUGGAAUAAUUGGUUUGCCAGGGCCAGUUGGUCCCAUUGGUAAUCCAGGUCCUAAAGGUAAUACUGGAGAUCUGGGGCCACCAGGCAGUCCAGGAAUUCAAGGGGAAAGAGGCUUGAAAGGAGACAGAGGAGACAAGGGGAACACAGGUGCCCCAGCAGUUCUGCCAAGGAGUGCUUUUAGUGUAGGCCUUACAGCUGCUACCAAGUUUCCUCCCCAUAGUCACCCAAUCAAGUUCGACAAGGUGCUUUAUAACGGCCUAAGUGACUAUAACCCAGUUACUGGCAAAUUCACCUGCAAAUUCUCUGGUGUUUACUAUUUCACCUACCAUAUCACUGUCUACUCGAGGAACGUCCGAGUAGCUCUAGUCAAAAACGGGAUCAAGAUGUUGCACACCAUGGAUGGAUACCAGGGUGCUGAGGACCAGGCGUCGGGAGCUGCCAUCCUUCAACUACGGGCAGGAGAUGAGGUGUGGCUGCAGGCUCACCGAGGAGAGAGUUUCAACGGCCUGUUUGCAGAUGCUGAUGAUGAUACCACCUUCACUGGGUUCCUCCUGUUCAGCACCUCUGAGAUGCUGGAACCCACAGCAUGAAGCCACGCUGUUAAUCUGUGACUCGAGUGAAUUGUUGUCUGAUUUCUGCUCAUCCAAAUCCAAUAUUGUUCAAAGCGGUGGAGGUUCUUUUUAAACUCAUAGAAUCAUAGAGUGGCCUAGGUUGAGAAUGACCACAAUGAUCAUUUAGUUCCAAUCCUCCUGCUAUAUGCAGGGUUGUCAACCACCAGACCAGGCUGCCCAGAGCCACAUUCAGCCUGCAAGCAAACUCGAUGCUGGUUUGCUUCGUACUCUUCCUUGCU